AAUGGCAUCCUCAACCGGUUCGUACAAUUCCCCGUGCGCCGCCUGCAAAUUCCUGCGGCGGAAGUGCACGCCGGGCUGCAUCUUCUCGCCGUACUUCCCGCCGGAGGAGCCCCACAAGUUUGCCAACGUCCACAAGAUCUUCGGGGCAAGCAACGUCUCGAAGCUCCUGAACGAGCUCCUGCCGCACCAGCGCGAGGACGCGGUCAACUCCCUCGCGUUCGAGGCCGAGGCCCGCGUGCGGGACCCGGUCUACGGCUGCGUGGGGGCCAUCUCCUUCCUCCAGAGGCAGGUCGACCGCCUCCAGAAGGAGCUCGACGCUGCCAACGCCGACCUCAUCCGCUACGCCGCCGCCGCCACUCAGGCGCCUCCGCCUCCGCCACGCCACCGGUCGGCCGUGGAUUACGGCAGAGGCGGCGGCGGGGGAGGUGGGUUUUAUAAUCAAACACCUUCUAGCUUCACAUUCCCAUACAAUUAUCAUUUUCCCACAUGGAAUGGAGGAGGGGUGGAUGGAAAUAUAUGAGAAUUAGUGAUUAAAUUCUUGAGAAUUGGGCUCAUGAUCAUCACCUAUAUAUAUAUGUCUAGGGUUUGUUUGUUUUUUUUUUUUGUUUUUUUCCCUUUUAAAUACCUCUCAUAUGGUGUGCAUUUUUAACUAUUUUAUAAAGCAUUGGCUUCUAGAUAACUAGCUAGCCUCACAUGCAUGAAUUAAACUAGAGAAUAAUAUUUAUUAUAUUGGUUGGUUUUUGGCAA